ACAUCCGGACACUCCCUCCUCGUGUGGGAGCGUCAGGGGGGGAGCAGGGAGGAGGACACAGAGAGUAAAAGAGAAGGACUCCAGGACUGACAGAAAUCCGAAGACAGGACGGGAGGGACUCCUAUUCUCACGAGCUCUUCAUCACAGGACACUCCACAACUCCUGGAGAACGCAGCAUCGCCAAAUACUCCAAUUCUGAAUUUGUCCAGUAAAGCCCAGAGGAGCAGCAGCAUGUUUUACUUCCACUGUCCUCCUCAGCUGGAGGGCGAGUGCUGCAGGACAAACUCAUUGAACACGAACGGCUUUGGGAAUCACUCCUCUGGAGACUUCGAUGAUGGUUUUCUUCGGAGGAAACAGCGGAGGAACAGAACCACCUUCACUUUACAGCAGCUGGAAGCUCUGGAAGCCGUGUUCGCCCAAACUCACUAUCCGGAUGUGUUUACAAGAGAAGAGCUAGCUAUGAAAAUCAACCUGACGGAGGCCCGGGUCCAGGUGUGGUUUCAGAACCGAAGAGCAAAGUGGAGGAAAACAGAACGAGGCAGCUCAGAUCAGGAGGGCGGUAAGGAGCAGAUGAGUGAAGGGACUGCUCCUGCUAGAAACCUCAGCCAGUCCCCUGUGGAUCAAAGCAGAAACAAAAAAGAACCUCUGGAAGCACAACAAAAUAUUAACAGGGCGGUUGGUCCUGGAGGGCCUUUUUUCCCAUCCUGUUUGCCUGGGACUCUUCUGAACACUGCCACAUAUGCCCAAGCUUUGUCACAAGUGGCAACUUUAAAAGCAGGAAGCCCUCUGUGCUCUUGCUGUGUGCCGGACCCAAUGGGCCUGUCCUUCUUGCCUCCUUAUGGGUGCCAGAGUAACCGGACGGCCAGUGUGGCAGCGCUGCGCAUGAAGGCCAGGGAACACUCUGAGGCUUUGCUGCAGUCAGCUAACCUGCAUGUGGCAGGAGCAGCUGGCCUGGGUCAAAGCCCCAGCGCUGUUGGAGGGGGAGACUCCAGUCCUGGCUCUAGUUCCUCAAAGGUCCCAAACCGGGGAACUUCCCCUGACAAGCAGCUGCAUUGCCCCAAGGAAGGCCCGGAUAAAAAAUAAGGGAGCCCUUUUGCCCAGAAAGCACAUUUUGUCCCGACAUAAGGAUUUACAAUCUUAUAAAGAAUGCCUGCUGCCCCUUUCCUCACAUGCACUGACAUACAACAGAGGACGAGGUGUUCAGUGCAUUCUACUGCUGUAUACUUUGAGUGUUUGUGCAUCAAACUAUUUAUUCAAUUGUAAUUUAUCUAUUAUUGUUAAAUUUUGUUCAUUAUUAUGACUGAUAUGUUUGCUCAUAUACGUAUGCCACUGUAACUGGUUUUUGAUGGUAGAGGACACUGAAUGCACUGUGUAGGGGAAGAGUUUACCCUGGCUGCCAAUGUGAAUUCAUAUUUUUCCAACCACUUUGAUGUAGGGCUUAUACUGCCUUGUAUACUGUGAAGUCAGGUGAUGUUAGAAACUGCAUUGUGUCAAGAACAAUUUCUUAAUGUAAAAGUAUACCAUGCACAAAUAUAAAUGACCCAAUGUGAAAUAAUAUGCACAUGUAUAUCUAUUGUGUUGUGUUGACUCGGCAUACGUUCUGGAUAGGCAAUGUCAGUCUCACCGGUCAUGAUGAUGUGAUAAUAGUAUACAGUAUGUGACAUGCUUCUUGUCAUCACAUCUGCAAGGCAAUGAUAGACUGCGAGCGUUCUCACUCUGGUCCUGUUUUGACACGCUCUUUAAAGCAAUUAAACAUGUAGGCAUUCAUGUACAUCUCCUGUUGCCUAUUGCUCACACCAUCUGGCUGUGAUCAAUUAUUA